ACUUACUUGGAAGCGCUUCUCGCCCUGCCCCCAAGCAGGGCUGGUUUCGGUGACUCAGAACGCUGGAAGUCAGUGAGAUAUUAGGAGUGUUAUAUCUUCGCCGGAGGAAAAAGUAGUAGGAGAAGCGGCAGCAAGGGAACAAAAUAAAGAAAACAAGUAGAACCACGACUUUUUUUUGUGUGGAAGGAAAAACUGAUUGAAAACAGCGAUUUGAAUCAAGCAAAUAAGCAUGACAACAAUCAACACUCAGAACAUUAGCUUCAAAUGGGAUCCGAAAAAUCUAGAAAUAAGGACUUUGGCCGUGGAACGGUUGUUGGAACCUUUGGUUACACAGGUGACAACCCUUGUUAACACCAGCAACAGAGGGCCAUCUAACAAAAAGAAAGGACGCUCUAAGAAAGCCCAUGUUCUGGCUGCUUCUGUGGAACAGGCAACACAGAAUUUCCUGGAGAAGGGUGAUAAAAUUGCCCAUGAGAGCCAAUACCUGAAGGAAGAACUAAUAGCUGCUGUAGAUGAUGUACGUAAACAAGGUGAAAUGAUGAGAAGUGCUUCAUCAGAAUUUGCAGAGGAUCCUUGUUCCGCUAUGAAGCGUGGCAAUAUGGUUCGUGCUGCACGAGCAUUGCUAUCUGCUGUUACUCGCCUUCUUAUCCUGGCUGACAUGGCAGAUGUUUACAAACUACUUGUACAACUGAAAAUAGUUGAAGAAACCCUUGUCAAGGUGAGGAAUGCCAACAAUGAGCAAGAACUUGGAAUACAGUUUAAGGCAUUGAAACCUGAAGUGGACAAACUGAACCUUAUGGCAGCCAAAAGACAGCAGGAAUUGAAGGAUAUUCAUCAUAGAGAUCAAAUGGCUGCAGCACGAGGAGUUUUGCAAAAGAACAUCCCUAUGCUGUACACUGCUUCACAGGCUUGUCUCCAGCACCCAGAUGUGGCUGCUUACAAGGCCAAUCGAGAUUUGAUCUAUAAGCAGUUGACACAGGCAGUUACCGGCAUUUCAAAUGCGGCUCAAGCAACUACUUCAGAAGAUGUCAUUCUUAGUCAACAAAGUAGUGCUGGUGAGCUGGCAGAUGCUUUGAAUCGCUUUGAUAAACAAAUAAUUGUGGAUCCCCUGAGCUUCAGUGAGGAACGUUUCAGACCAUCUCUGGAAGAACGACUUGAGAGCAUUAUUAGUGGAGCAGCAUUAAUGGCAGACUCAUCCUGCACACGUGAUGAUCGACGUGAGCGCAUCGUGGCUGAGUGUAAUGCAGUGAGACAGGCUUUGCAGGAUCUGCUUUCUGAAUAUAUGGGCAAUGCUGGUCGAAAAGAAAGGGGUGAUGCACUCAAUGCUGCGAUUGACAAAAUGACUAAAAAGACAAGAGACUUGCGCAGACAGCUGAGGAAAGCGGUCAUGGACCAUGUAUCAGAUUCUUUCUUGGAGACCAAUGUUCCCCUUCUGGUUUUGAUUGAGGCAGCCAAGAAUGGCAAUGAAAAAGAAGUGAAAGAGUAUGCCCAAGUUUUUCGUGACCAUGCCAGCAAAUUGGUUGAAGUUGCCAAUCUUGCUUGCUCUAUUUCCAACAAUGAAGAUGGUGUGAAACUAGUUCGCAUGGCAGCCACUCAGCUGGAAGGCCUUUGCCCACAGGUCAUAAACGCUGCAUUGGCCUUGGCUGCUAAACCUCAGAGUAAAGUGGCUCAGGAUAACAUGGAUCUCUUUAAAGAAUUAUGGGAGAAACAAGUGCGUGUGCUGACAGAUGCUGUGGAUGACAUUACUUCUAUUGAUGACUUCCUGUGUGUUUCAGAAAAUCACAUCCUCGAAGAUGUAAAUAAAUGUGUUAUAGCACUCCAGGAAAAAGAUGUAGAUGGACUCGACCGUACCGCCGGUGCAAUCCGAGGACGUGCUGCAAGAGUUGUCCAUGUUGUCACUUCAGAGAUGGACAAUUAUGAACCUGGGGUGUACACUGAAAAAGUUCUGGAAGCAACCAAGUUGCUGUCUGAUACAGUUAUGCCAAGAUUCACUGAACAGGUGGAAGCGGCUGUGGAAGCACUAAGUGCCAAUCCUGCUCAACAGUUGGAUGAAAAUGAGUUCAUUGAUGCUUCACGACUGGUGUAUGAUGGCAUUCGAGACAUUAGGAAAGCUGUAUUGAUGAUUAGAACUCCUGAAGAAUUGGAUGACUCUGACUUUGAAACUGAAGACUUCGAUGUGCAAAGUAGAACUAGUGUCCAGACACAGGAAGAUCAACUUAUAAAUGGACAGAGUGCAAGGGCCAUUAUGGCGCAGCUUCCACAGGAACAAAAGGCAAAGAUUGCUGAGCAGGUAGCCAGUUUUGAGGAGGAGAAGAUCAAACUGGAUGCUGAAGUUUCAAAAUGGGAUGACAGUGGAAAUGAUAUAAUUGUCCUAGCCAAGCAGAUGUGUAUGAUUAUGAUGGAAAUGACAGAUUUCACCAGAGGAAAAGGCCCACUGAAGAAUACGUCUGAUGUAAUCAGUGCAGCCAAAAAAAUUGCUGAAGCUGGAUCAAGAAUGGAUAAACUUGGACGUACUAUUGCUGAUCAUUGUCCAGACUCCAGCUGUAAGCAAGACUUAUUAGCCUAUUUGCAACGCAUUGCCUUGUAUUGUCAUCAGUUGAACAUCUGCAGCAAAGUAAAGGCAGAAGUCCAAAACCUGGGCGGAGAGCUCAUUGUAUCUGGGGUGGAUAGUGCAAUGUCUUUAAUCCAAGCUGCAAAGAACUUGAUGAAUGCUGUUGUGCAAACUGUGAAAGCCUCCUACGUGGCAUCCACUAAGUAUCAGAAAUCUCUGGGUAUGGCAUCUUUGAACAUGCCUGCUGUCUCCUGGAAGAUGAGGGCUCCAGAGAAGAAACCCUUGGUAAAGAGGGAGAAAAAUGAUGAUAUUCACAAAGUUAAAAGAGCAUCACAGAAAAAGCAUGUCUCACCAGUGCAGGCUCUCAGUGAAUUCAAGGCAAUGGAUAGCAUUUAAAAACAUUCCAACGCAUGGUCAAAGUAUAUUUUGAAUGGUUUCCAAAAUUCCUUUGCUCCACUCAACUUUUAAAAGUAACAUGUAAGCUUUUAAUAUACAUAUACAAAUAUGGAUCAUAGUAAAUUGCAGAUUGUUUUUUUCAUAAUGUUAAAUAAAGUUAGUCUCCAUUCUGUAAUGGGUGUGGAAAGUUGAAAUGCAAUGUAGGAUUAGGUCAAAUUCAAGCUUGUUUGAUACUCUGGUAAUGGACUGACAAUAAUACUGCUUCAAUACUGCAAAAUAAUCAAAAAUAGUCUUUUGAGUGAUGUGCAGAUUUACUGAUGUUCAAUUUUAAGCCCCAGAAUUCUUAAAAAUGAAUGAAAUUGCCAGCUCUUCUACAGUGAAGAACUGCAAUAACUGUUUUAAAUCAUUUUGCACAAGCAACCACAUUUGUAUGGUGAUGAAAACAUUUAAACCAUUAAACGCAUGUAGAGGUUACCAUUGGUUUAACUGUUGCUUAGAAUGUUCCUAUGGUUCACAAUUUUGAUUUCAACCCAUUUGUAUUAUUCUAACUUUCCUCCUCUCUCCCUCUUCCCAAACAAAAAAGAACAUUUGCCCACUUUCGUUUUCUCUUUCUCAAAUUAUUUACACAUCCCGUGAUCGGUAACCUGCUCCCUAAAUAGCCAAACUAGUAUUGUGCUAUGCAAUCAUGCUAUGUAUCAAGGUACAAUGUCAUGGGUAUGAUAAUCAUUGGAAGACAAUCCUAAUUAGUAACUGUAGUGAUAUACUGUACCACACUUAAGGACUUUUUAAAAUGUUUUUUUCACGAUUUGAAUAAUAGAAGUAUAAAUUUACCUCUGUAUUGGCUAUAAUUCUCAAAUAAAGUUGCUGUUUUGACAGAC